AUGCUGCAGAACCAAUUUUUCCUUCUGAAUAACACUUGUCUGUCUCUGUCUCUGAUCGAUUUCCUCAGCCUGGACUUGGACCAUGCGGAAAAGGCAUGGGACGAGUGGGAGAUCCACUGCCUGAUCCUCGUGAGCCUUUCCUUGCAAGUCUUCCUCUCCCUCACGGCGGACCUGCGGAGGCGCAGCGCGUCGCGCGUGCUGAGCAAUGCCCUAUGGCUUGCCUACGUGUCGGCCGACAGUGUGGCAGUCUUCAUUCUCGGCCACCUCGCGGUCCACGCGCAGGGGCCGAGCCACGACCUCAUGCUGUUCUGGGCGCCGUUCGCGCUGGUCCACCUGGGCGGGCAGGACAGCAUCACGGCCUUCUCCAAGCAGGACAACGAGCUGUGGACGAGGCACCUGCUGGGCUUGGUCACCCAGACAGCGGUGGCCGGGUACGUGGUGUCCAGGUCGUCUUGGCCGGAUGCUCGGCUCAGGGCUGCCAUGGUCCUCAUAUUCCUUUGUGGAUUCCUCAAGUACGCCGGUCGCACCCUCUGCCUUUACUCAGCCAGUCCAAUGAGUCUCAGGGUUUUAUCCCUGGUUAGUUUGUCACGUAGGCUAGGCCUACGGCUUAUGCAUGAUGCGCGAGAUUUCGCGAAUCUAGCUGCUAAAGAAAGGUUUGAAGAGAUGUUCCCUACUGAUGACAGGUCCUGGGAAUGUAUAAAGGAAAUUCAUGUCAUCGGUGGGUCGGUGGAUGACAUCAUGUUUGUUGAUGCUCCGGAUGAUGAUGAUGUGGUCACCUUAGCUACAGCCGAGGUGCUGGGGGAGAUUAAGGAUAGGCCAGCAGACCGGCGGUGCGUAGCCUACCGGUACGUGGCCGCAUCUCUGGGACAAUUCUACCAAUUGCUCUACACCAAAGCACCACUACUUUCAAAGAUCUUGGGUUAUUGGGUUCCCGAUACUACGGGUCAUGAUCGCUUAACAAGCAUCCUCUUUAUCCUCAUCACUUACACCCUCUUCCAGAGCAUUUCAACCGCGAUAGCCCUGGUGCUCUUUGCGUCUGCUCGAAAGGAGGGACAUCACAGUAAAGCAGACAUCAUCGUGUCCUACAUAUUGCUUGUUGGGGCCUUAGUCCUGGAUCUGCUGCCUGCAUGCACGUCCAUUGUCUCCUAUGUGAGAAAACCAUUUCGUCCUACAACGGUGGUUGAAUGUGCAGCCAUGAUUUGUAAGAGCUGUUUGCAGCCUCCAGGCUGGCGCACAAGAAAGCAGUGGUCAGAAGAGCUAGCGCAAUACAGCAUGAUAAAGAGGUACACUAGUGUGCAGGGCUACUACGCAUGCCUUACUACAUCCUUCUGGAGCAGGAUCCUUGAACGUACACCCUUUGCUACCUGGUGUGCCGAGCUCCUUGACUUAAAACGCACAGAAGUUACUGAUGAUCUCAAGUUGUUCAUCCUCGACAGGUUGUUAUUGCUGCAAACCAGGAGAGACGAGUGGGACUUUGCCAGCUUCCGUGGUGAGAGAGCACUUGGAAGGUGGAUAAUCAGCCAUGAGGUUCCACAACUAGCUGAAUGGUCAGGCUAUGUACUGCAGAAGAGCCUCAGCAGAAGAGUUGAGUUCCCAACAAGCGUGCUCAUCUGGCACAUUGCAACGGACAUCUGCUACUUCUCAGAGGACAAUGGACGUCGUGACGACAAUGAACCUGAUGAAACCAAGACGAGGAAGAAGCUGAGCAGAGAGAUAUCGCAUUAUAUCAUGUACCUGGUGUUCAAGUGCGAUGUCAUGCUUACACGUAACUCCCGGCUUGUGCACACGAGAGCUCAUGAAGAACUCGCAAAAUACUUUCCACAUGAUCAUCUAGAUGAGAAAGAAACUACCAUCAUGUUGUUUGACGCUAUGAAGGAAGAUGUGGAAGAAUAUCGACCUACACAGGAUGCUGCUGCUAUCAACGCUACGAUAGAGGAACUUCUGUGGACGACAGUGGGAGAGCUUCACUUUCCAGUGCUGCCUCUAGCCUGUGUCCUGGCCCAGGAUCUGAUCUCCAUCCAAGACGAAGCUGGGCUCUGGGAACUCAUCUCGGAGGUGUGGCUGGAGAAGUUUUUCUACAUGGCGCCUCGUUGCGGGGCCGCUUUCCACUACGAGCAUCUCAGCACCGGUGGGGAGUUCAUCACGCAUGUUCUCCUUCUCAUGCGUUUUAUAGGCCCUUUUAUGCCAAAGUCUGGUGCUUAA